AUGUUCGGAAGACCAUCAUCGGCCAAAGCAUCGGCGGGGUCAUCUACUCAUUGUUUGCCGGCUCUCCUCUAGUCAUCCCCCUCACCACCGCGCCCCUCGCCAUCUUCAUCAGCGUGAUACGAGGAAUCUGCGACGACUACAACCUGGAUUUCCCCGCUUUCUACGCCUGCAUCGGUUUGUGGAACUGCUUCUUCCUCAUCCUGGGAGGCAUCUUCAACGUCAGUCUGCUCAUGAAGCUCUUUAAAAGGUCUACAGAGGAGGUCAUUGCGCUCUUCAUUUCCAUCGCAUUUGUGGUGGAUGCAGUGAAAGGCACAGUCAAAAAUUAA